UAUUUCGGUGGCUACCCCUGCAAUCUCCGCCACCACCCGGAGUGGGAACCGUCACCACAGUUCCUCGACAUCCCCCCUCGUUUACCGAUCGAGCUCUGCCUAGAUGGCUGGUGUGCAGCUGCAACAGCCCAGCAUGACUGACUAUCGUCUCCCAAUGCAUCAUCAGCCGCCACCGGCUCGCAAACCAGUUGCCGGAAUGCAUUCCGGCUUUCCUUACCAGGCCUAUGACGGGCCUCACCACCACCAGCAGCUUUCUCCCCAUCCAUCGGCCGCCUCCCUUGCGCACAACCGUCGGCGAACCUCUUCCUCCCAUGUGAUACCCUACAUGGCACAACAGCAGCAGGCAUACUCUGCGGGGCCCUCACCACAUCAUACGAUGACCGGUCCACCCAAUUAUCCUCCUUCAAGGCGUUUAUCGAGUGCGACCACAUCUACGACCUCCACAGGCAAUGUUAACUACGGCGGUAACCCACAGACGGAUAUUCGCCGCAGCACUUCGUCCCGCUCCGCCAAUGCUCAGUUGGGUUAUGUCGCUUUGAUGCGGAGACAAAAGGCGACAGUAUGGUGUGACCGGGCACAGCCCGAGGAUCCUCGCAUACGAGCGCAGAAGCUGGUCGAUAAGAAACGGGCGUACCUGGAAGUCCACGGCGCAGGCGCCGGACGCACGGGUACCCUUGGAAGCGGCAAGAACAAGCACGGCGGUAAGGGAACUACUGAUUUCUCGCCCUCGACACUGGUCGGCGCUACGGUCCCGGUUCGGCUCAGUGCAAACGAGGUCGGUGACGCGGAUGAGGAUGCCCACAGUGACCGAGGGUUUCCUUAUCGCCGGACCGGUAGCGGUCGCAGUUCUCUGGGUAGCAAUUCCCGCUAUCCCAGUGGCUACCAACGUACUCCGCAGAGUACGAUGGGGAGCACCAGCACGCCUCCCAACGAGAAGACCGACCUCCCUGAUGUCUCCGAGCACCCACCAGCGGAAAGCCACGAAGCUGAGCAGGACCACGCCUCCAUCAAGGAUGAUGCUGCUACUACAAACAGCUUUGGUAGUGAGCACGAAGAAUACUUUGGCACCGUGAGUGAUAUGGCCGCACCAAGUGCGGCUUCUGCGGCGAUCGAGAAGGCGAAGAAGGCGGAUGAACUGCGUCGCCGAGGCAGUGUUGAUGAUCGAACGACGUCCAUGACCAAUGUCCGGCUUUUCGUGGCAAACCCCGAUCUGAGUGACUAGACAUGCGGCUUGUGUCGCUGCUGGGAUUAUUACCUCCACAUAUUACCGAUACUUGGCACUGCAUCGACUUAUGCAGUCCAAUGCGGCAUUCGAGCUCUACGCCUCUUUCCUUUCUUUUCCCUGAACUUUCGUCCUGCAAACUCGGGCUCGGAUACCAUGUCUGGUGCAAUGAUUAUGCAAUGCCCUCCAGCCUUGAUUUGCUUUACGACGGCAAGAUGCCCCUUAACUGAUUGACUUGAACUUGUUCUAUUCCCCUCACCGCAUGUUAUUGGCGCUUUUUGCUGUGCUGUAAGGGUUGCAUGCUACUUGAACUUGCACCCUUGCACCAAGUUGGCGUCCGAUGGAUUUAUGAGCAAAGUAAUAAUAAUACUAUUGUACAUAUGACCAUAUUGAUCGCUAUAGCGAAGUAGACGCUGUAGAGAAAAGGUGUUGUAGGUUUGUUACGACUCAGUUGGAGGCAACUUCGAGAAAUUAUGAACAAGUAGUUACUCACUCAGCCAACAAGCGAAAG